AUGAAACAACAUUUCCAGAGCCUUAAGAUUGCUUCUGGUGUUGAACUUGAACAGAAUGCUUUGGUUGAAACUAUUGAAGCAACAAUUGAAGGAGUUCAUCUGAGGUUUGAAUCUAUUCCAGUUAGACAGGACGCUUCACCAAAUGUGAGGGAGGAAUUGGCACAAGAUCCAUCGUUGCAGAAAAUAAUGAUGGAGGGAGUAUUGAGCAAGUCUUGCAGGCUUCGAUGGUGUAACCAGCUCUCCACACUCGUAGAGCAUCGGGCCUUCACCCUCGAAGAGGACGACACCAUAAUCAGAGCUCACGCUCGGUUCGGCAACAAGUGGGCCACCAUAGCCCCACUCCUUUCUGCCAGAACCGACAAUGCCAUUAAGAACCGCUGGAACUCCACCCUCAAACGCAAGUGCGCCUCCAUGGGCCCCAUCGACGAUCCUCACUUCGCGCAGCCACUCAAACGCUUCGUCAGAACCAGCGUCGCCGUACCCGUGUCAACGGUGGUGGUGAGAUACUCGUUGCUGACGGUGAUGGCGAAGACGGAGGUGGCGGGCCGUGGCCCAACUCAUCCAUGCCCUUCACCACUUUGA